CGUUUUGAGUUAAAUAGAGCCGUAAACGUAAACAAAUGAAACGUCCCACACCCCCAGACCUGUAGGUGGCAGCAAAACAAUAAUGAUUCGCAUUAAAUACAAAACAAAGAAGAAAACGCGGAAGUGAAUGGGUUUUGGUUUUUGAAUGCGGAAGAUGGACAUCCGCUUCACUAAAGGGAAGUCUUCAGUCCUGGAGCGUUCUCUGUCUCGGCCCAGGACGGAGGUGAGCCUGAGCGCGUUCGCGCUGCUCUUCUCGGAGAUGGUGCAGUACUGCCAGAGCCGCGUGUACUCGGUGUCCGAGCUCCAGGCGCGCCUGGCGGACAUGGGCCGGGGAGUCGGAGCGUCUCUGCUCGACCUGGUGGUUCUGCGGGAGAAGAACGGAAAGAGGGAGACCAAAGUGCUAAACAUCCUGCUUUUCAUCAAGGUGUCCGUAUGGAAGUCUCUAUUCGGUAAGGAAGCAGACAAGCUGGAGCAGGCCAACGACGACGACAAGACGUACUACAUUAUCGAGAAGGAGCCGCUGGUGAACUCGUUCAUAUCGGUGCCAAAAGAGAACAGCACGCUGAACUGCGCCGCCUUCACCGCCGGCAUGGUGGAGGCCUUCCUCACCCACAGCGGCUUCCCUGCCAAAGUCACCGCCCACUGGCACAAGGGCACCACGCUCAUGAUCAAGUUCGACGAAGCCGUCAUCGCCCGAGACAAGCAACUGGACGGGAGGUAGAGAGCAGAACAAGGACGGAGAGCGGACAGGAAGUUAACGUGUGCAUGUUUUACAGAGUCACACGGUCGUUUGUCGACUUCGAACCGCAAACAGGAAGUGACACGCAUACAAAAGUUGUACUUUUACCGUACGAGGAGAACACACGAUUAUGUAUGUACGUGAUUAUGAUAUAACAGGUUCAGUUAUUAGAGGAUGUGUGAUGUGUGUGAGGGUCUUUUUUCCACAGCUCGGAUUAUUGUAGUUUACUGUUAUUAUUAUUUAUCCUGAAAAAAAGGCUCUUUUUUUUUUUUUUUUUUUACAAUAAAUGCAUGUUGUGUAUAACUGUAAACGAUUUUUUAACGAAUGACCUUUUAAUAAAAUGUAGUAUUGCAUCCCUAAUAAAAAAACUGACACUGUAACGUAAAUAAAACCAGAAUGCAAUGA